AAAGGAACAGGAUUUGAGACAGCCCAGGGUUUCCUCUUCAAGUAGGUUUAAAACACUUUUUUUUUUCUCACUAACUUCCUUCCUGUUUUAACUGCCAGUACUCAGAAGUCAGAGUUGAGAGACAGAGGCACCCCGGACAGAGACGUGAAGCACUGAAUAUCAAGAUGACUGAAAAGGACCCAGAACCACAGCUGGAUGAUGGUGACGAUGAGCUAGACAGCAAGCUCAAUUAUAAGCCUCCACCUCAGAAAUCCCUGAAGGAGCUUCAGGAGAUGGAUAAAGAUGAUGAAAGUCUAACUAAGUACAAGAAAACGCUGCUGGGAGACGGUCCUGUGAUAGCAGACCCAACAGUCCCCAAUGUCACUGUUACCCGACUUACCCUGGUUUGUGAUAGUGCACCAGGACCAAUCACUAUGGAUCUUACCGGGGAUCUUGAAGCCCUCAAAAAAGAAACCUUUGUGCUAAAGGAAGGUAUUGAAUACAGAGUCAAAAUCAACUUCAAAGUGAACAAGGAUAUUGUGUCAGGCCUGAAGUAUGUCCAGCACACCUAUCGGACUGGGCUUAAAGUGGAUAAAGCAACAUUUAUGGUUGGCAGCUAUGGGCCUCGGCCAGAGGAGUAUGAAUUCCUCACCCCGACUGAGGAGGCUCCCAAGGGCAUGCUGGCCAGGGGCACAUACCACAACAAGUCCUUCUUCACCGAUGAUGACAAGCAAGACCACCUCACCUGGGAGUGGAACCUGUCCAUUAAGAAGGAUUGGACAGAAUGAGUGCAUCUGCCCAUCCCUCAACCUCCCCUUGCCACCCAGAAUCCUCCUAGUCACAAGGGCACCCUGUCCCUCCUCCCUCCUGUUCACAGCUAGAUUCCUUCUCCAAGACCGCCCACUUUUCCAUAUUGAUGAACCUCAUCCCACCCCUUGAGGCUUAAUACUCAGGCUUUAACCCUGCCUGCUUCCUCUGACUCGGUCCCAGUCAGAGCCAGUUCUUUCAAGUUCUCCAUCUCCUUUAACAUUUCCCUCUCUUCUUCCUGUCUGAGCAACUAGAGGCCAGGAAAUUGGCAAACUACCAUGAACAGCCCUUUUGCCUUAGGUUUAGUAGCUCAUUCCAAUUCCUGGAUUCUUUGGUGGUUGCUGCUGGCUCAAUGCCCUGUCACAUGCCCUGCCAGUUGGGGUUCUUCUUUUGUGGGAGAUACUGUAAACAACACAAGAGAGUAAGAAUAAAACAACUACUUUUUGUUCUGA